AUGGCAUCUCAUUCAAAUAGUGGUUCCUCCAAAACCGUUGACGUGGUAGUCAUCGGCGCGGGACUCAGCGGGCUCCGGGCAGCGUUGGGUGUGCAGGCAGCCGGAUUCUCCUAUGCGGUAGUUGAAGCUACUGACCGUGUAGGAGGGAAGACCUUGACCGUGCCAUCCAAGAAAAGCGGCCCCGGGGUCAACGAUGUCGGCGCCGCCUGGAUCAAUGACACCACUCAAAGCGAGAUUUACAAGCUCGUCCAGAAGUACGGACUGCAAGUGGAGACCCAAGCAAUCCCGGGCCAUGAUAUCUUCCAAAGCCCAGAGGGCUGUGUUUUGUUCAAACACGGUGAACUUCCGGUGAGCGAGGAAGAGAAGGCAGCACUAUCCCAAGUGUUGGCGCAUAUCAAUGAGCUCGUUGCCAAUGUCAAUCUGGAAGACCCCGCCUCGGGUCCCAACGCGAAAGAGCUGGAUAGCGUUACUAUCCAGGAAUACUGUCUGCAGACCUUCCAGUCCGAGUCGAUUGCGGGCCUGUUCGAUACCAUCAUCCAGUCUCUGAUUGGCGUGAAUGGCGACGACGUUAGCAUGUUGGCUUUCUUGCUCUCUCUGAAGGCGGGCCACGGAUUCGAGGCCGUAACUGGGGACGGCAAAGACGGAGGCCAGCAGCUCCGCGUCCGACAGGGCAACCAAAUCAUCUCCCAGAACAUGGCAGCGGAACUAAAGCCCGGUUCCAUCCACCUCUCCAGCCCUGUAACAGAGAUCAACCAGGACCCAGCCACAGGAACCUGCACCGUCCAAACAGCUAACAACACAACCUUCCACGCAAAGAAAGUCAUCCUCUCCGUUGCCACUCCCCUCUAUCAAAAUAUUAAAUUCACACCACCCCUGCCCGAAGAGAAGCAGCUUCUGGCAACAAAAAAUAAACUAGGCUACUACAGCAAAAUCAUCUUCGUCUUUGAGAAGCCCUUCUGGCGAACCGCUGGCCUCACCGGCGCCAUCCAGUCAGAGACGGGCCCCUUCACCUUCACUAUGGAUAACAGCUUCCCAGAUGACGAGCAGUGGUCCAUUGCCUGCUUUACUGUGGGGCGCCGCGGUCGUGAAUGGUCCCUGCUCUCGCAGGACGAGAGACGUCGGACGGCGUGGGAGCAACUCCGCUCCGCGCUGGAGAAUACCGACCUGCCAUCUGGAGAGAAGAUCCAGGUCCCGGAGCCUAUCAACGUGCUCGAGUAUGAGUGGUCCAAGCAGGAUUUCUUCCAUGGUGGGCCGGAGCCGGGUAUGCCCCCGGGUGUGAUUUCUCAGGUCGGCAAGGGUGCCGUGAGGAGGCCGUUUGGAGGUGUGCACUUUGUGGGGACGGAGACUGCGUUGCAAUGGAAGGGGUAUAUGGAGGGUGCGGUGAGGUCGGGAGAUAGAGGUGCCAAGGAGGUUGUUGAGGCACUUAGUAAAUAA